GCCCACCCCCGACAACGGAAGUCCGGUCCGCCGCGUCUCCAGGUUUCCUCGUGGGUUCCACUGCCGGCAUGGCGCACUACAACUUCAAGAAGAUUACGGUGGUGCCGUCUGCCAAGGACUUUAUUGACCUGACAUUAUCCAAGACUCAACGAAAGACUCCAACAGUUAUUCAUAAACAUUAUCAAAUUCAUCGAAUUCGACAUUUUUAUAUGAGAAAAGUCAAAUAUACUCAACAGAAUUACCAUGACAGACUGUCACAGAUUUUGACAGAUUUCCCCAAAUUGGAUGAUAUCCAUCCAUUUUAUGCUGACUUGAUGAAUAUCCUCUAUGACAAGGAUCAUUACAAGUUGGCUCUAGGUCAAAUAAAUAUUGCCAAAAAUUUGGUGGACAAUGUUGCUAAAGAUUAUGUGCGGCUUAUGAAAUAUGGUGAUUCUCUGUACCGCUGCAAGCAGCUGAAGCGUGCUGCCCUUGGGCGCAUGUGUACUAUUAUCAAGAGACAGAGGCAGAGUUUGGAGUAUUUGGAACAAGUACGUCAACAUUUAUCCCGCUUGCCAACCAUUGACCCAAAUACAAGGACUCUGCUUUUGUGUGGGUAUCCAAAUGUUGGGAAAUCCAGCUUCAUCAAUAAGGUAACAAGAGCAGACGUGGAUGUUCAGCCCUAUGCAUUUACCACCAAAUCUCUGUUUGUUGGGCACAUGGACUAUAAGUAUCUGCGCUGGCAGGUUGUAGAUACCCCAGGGAUUUUGGAUCAUCCUUUGGAGGAUCGGAACACCAUUGAAAUGCAGGCUAUCACAGCCCUGGCCCACCUUCGAGCUGCAGUUCUGUAUGUGAUGGAUUUGUCUGAGCAGUGUGGACAUGGGUUGAAGGAGCAAUUAGAACUCUUCCAGAAUAUCAGACCUCUGUUUAUUAACAAGCCUCUUAUUGUUGUAGCAAACAAAUGUGAUGUGAAGAGAAUAGCUGAGCUUUCUGAAGAAGAUCAGAAAAUAUUUAUGGACUUGCAGGCUGAAGGAUUCCCUGUCAUUGAGACCAGCACCCUGACUGAGGAAGGUGUCAUUCAGGUUAAAACAGAGGCUUGUGAUAGGCUUUUGGCUCAUCGAGUAGAAACAAAAAUGAAAGGAAAUAAAGUGAAUGAGGUUCUGAACAGAUUGCAUUUAGCUGUGCCAAACAAGAGAGAUGAUAAGGAGAGGCCCCCUUUCAUCCCAGAAGGAGUGGUGGCCCGCAGGAAAAGAAUGGAGAUUGCAGAGCCCAGGAAGAAGAGGGAACGAGAUCUUGAGCUGGAAAUGGGAGAUGAUUAUAUUUUGGAUCUUCAGAAAUACUGGGACUUAAUGAAUUCAUCUGAAAAAUAUGAUAAGAUACCAGAGAUCUGGGAAGGCCAUAAUGUUGCUGAUUAUAUCGAUCCAGCUAUCAUGAAGGUCUGCAUCACAUUUUAAUUACUCUCCCCCAACAACUUCAACUCUUUCCCCUUGGAUCUCUUCUUGUUCUAUGCCCUGAGGCAUCUUCCACCCUGUUCUAGGAUUACUUGGAGCCAUCACUCCUCCAUUUAGAGGAAUCUGUUCUUCCUUUGCCCUUUGUAAUCCUAGUGAUGCCCAGGCCUUUCUAACUGGCCUGUAAUGGGCUGUGUCAUUUUGGCUUGUAUUGGUACUAUACUGUGGAGAUCUGUCACUGGCACA